AUACAACAAACACAUUGAUUCUCUAGUUAAUGAACACUAGAAAUCAUCAAUCAUUUCCCCCUAUUUCGAAUCGAUUGCAUAGAAGGAACAUCACAAUCCUUCCUAAUUCCCAAAGCCCAGCUCUUGCAGCUUCAACCUCCAUAUCCAUCCACAGCUCACCCAACCGCAAACAUGUCCGACGACCAGCUCAUCCUCCCCAUCAUCGACUCCCACAUCCACCUCUACCCAGCCUCCGAAGUCGACUCGCUGUCCUGGUACACCCCUGAGAACCCUCUCGCCGGCCAGCACUCUCUCGAAGAAUACCGUGAAGCUACCUCUUCAGCCCCGUCUCUCCUGGGCUUCGUCUUUGUCGAGACAGACCGCAAGAACGAUGUUGAAGCUGGCGCCGCAGAUGGAUCUGGCUGGGAGGGCCCCCUAGCUGAGGUCUCUUGGCUCAAGCGUAUUGCGCUCGGCCAACCGCGUGAGGGCGAGGGACACACGGCCGAGGACGCAAAGCUGUGUCUUGGCAUUGUUCCUUGGGCGCCUGUGGUCAGUGGUCCUGAGGUGUUGGAGCGUUACCUCGACCGCGUCAAGGAGGAAGCUGGAGAUGCUUGGCCAAAGAUCAAGGGUUUCCGCUAUCUGCUACAGGACAAGCCUCAUGGUACCAUGCUGGACGACAAGUUCAUCGAGGGUGUAAAGCUGCUUGGCCGUCGUGGUUUCACCUUUGACGUUGGUGUUGACCAGCACCGCCGAGGAAAGAAGCAACUUGAAGAGGUCGUCGCAUUCGUCGAACGUGUUCACGAUGGUGUCCCAGAGGAGGAAAAGGUCACACUGGUGCUAAACCAUCUCUGCAAACCAGACUUUAGCGUCAUCAACGUCACAUCCGAUCCAGGAUUUCAUGCCUGGCGCACCGCCGUCUACGCUCUUAGCAAAGACUCUCAUGUCUACAUGAAGCUCUCGGGCGGUUUCUCUGAGAUGCCCGAUUCCUUGCGAAAGCAGGACCCCAGCCAUAUUUUCGAGGCUACACUUGGCUGGCUCGGCAUCACCCUUGCUACAUUUGGCCCUAGCCGUAUCAUGUUUGGUAGCGACUGGCCUGUAUGCACUGCCGGAACUGACAAUGCCUGGCCCAGGUGGCGCAGCAUUGUUGAGCGCAUGUGCUGGAUGGCGACCCUCGGUGACGAGGAGCGUGCCAUGAUCUUUGGUGGAACGGCCAAGAAGGCUUACAACCUCUAGAAGAACCAGAGGCAUUGUGAGAACAAGUAGCAUACAGGUUGUUCACACCCCUGGGAAAGAUAGUAUAUAAGGAGAUGAGUGAAUGCCAGGCUGAACUGAUAUUCAAUACCCAACAUAUAUAAAGGACAAGCUCUUUUGAUGAGACGAUGAGAUAGAGAGUCGGGGAUUUCAACUAUACAUAAUAA